AUGGCUUCUCCUACACCCCCGACCAUGGCGAGAAGCCCAACAGAAAACCCUGAGAAAGGGAGGAAAGGGAAUAAAGUCUCUGCUUUCUUCAAGAGAGCAUGGAAGGCUGCAAAGCGCCCUUUCCUUUGCUGUGACUGGAGCAGAGUGGUUCCUUGUGAACCACAGUUAGAUUCCGGCGAUUUCGAGCAUCUGCCUGUUCCAGGUCCCUCCAGGAUCCAGUCAACAACCGUCACAGCACAUGCAGACCUUGAGCCGGUGUGGCUGCCAGGCCAGGUCUGUGAAGAUCCUCAGCCGCUGAGUGUUCCGGGCCCAUCUAGGAUCGAGCAAACGGCAGAUGUGCCGAAUGCAGAUCCGGCCCGUCCUGAGUCCUCAGCCGCUGUCACAGGUCAUGUUGACCCUAAGCUGAUGCGUCUGCCAGUCCAGGUCCGUGAUCGUCUUGAGUCAUUGGCUGUUCCAGGACCAUCCAGGAUCAAGCCAACGGCCAUCACAGAUCGUGUUGACCCUGAGCAGAUGCGUCCGCCAGUCCAGGUCUGUGAAGAUCCUCGGCCAUUGAGUGUUCCGGGCCCAUCUAGGAUCAAGCAAACGGCAGAUGUGCCGAAUGCAGAUCAGGCCCGUCCUGAGUCCUCAAGGGCCGUCAUUACAGGUCAUGUUGACGCUGAGCUGGUGUGUCUGCCAGGCCAGAUCUGGGAAGAUCCUCAGCCAAUCAGUGUCCAUGGCCCCUCCAAAAUUACAGAAAUGACGGAUGGAGAUUCGGCCUGUCCUGAGUCGCCUCCGUCUGUUCAAGACCCCUGUAAAAUUGAUUUGACUGAUGAUGUUUCUAAUAAGUUACUGUUUGUUUUCUUACUUUUAGAAAAACCCAAGAAAGGAAGGAAAGGGAAAAGAGUCUGUGCUUUCUUUAAGAGAGUUUGGAAGGCUGCAAAGCGCCCUUUCCUUUGCUGUGACACAGAUAUAGUCCAGCAGUUUACACCACAGCCCGAGCCAGAGCCCGAACCCGAGCCAAAGCCUGAGCCAGAACCAGAGCCAGAGCCAGAGCCAGAGCCAGAGCUGGAGGAUGUAGUGGACCCUGAGGCAGAGCCUGUCCAAGUUACGCCUGAAAUUGCAGUACCAGCUGACCCUGAGUCAGUAUGUCUGCCAGGCCAGGUUCCUGAGGAGCCUAAAGAGGCUUCUGGGCUCACUCUUGGAUCUAUGGUGUCUCUCUUUGAAGUAAAGAAGUUGAUUGGAAAAGGAAGUUUUGGCAAGGUGUAUCUGGCAUCUCACGUAUUUAGUGAAAGAGUAAAGGUUGCCUUGAAGUAUAUCGUCAAGCGCAAGCACGACCAUUAUCUCAGCAUUGAUGAUCAUUCCACACCUGUGCUUGCGGAAGUGGCAAUGCUGCUUAGAUUGAUGAAAGAUCCACCAUGUCCCAACAUCAUCAGAUUACACGACUGGAUUGAGAAUGAGAGCGACUUCGUUCUCAUUAUGGAGUACCCAGAGUCAUGCCAGACCUUGAAUCGUUACAUCACAUUUACACUGGACAUCGAUGAAAACCAAGCCCGCAGGUUAAUGCGUCAGUUCAUCCGAGCUGUAAAGUUCUGCGUUGAUCGUGAAGUUUUCCAUGGUGAUAUACACACGGGGAACAUCCUCGUGACUACACCCAGAUUGGAGCUCAAAUUGAUCGACUUUGGUUGUGCUCGGCCAAUUACCAGCGAGCCUUUCAACAGCUCUGAAUAUCAGGGAGCCAGACUUUUCACACCACCUGAGAUUUUAAGGCAUCCCACAUACCAUGCUAACCCGGCAUACGUAUGGGCAGCAGGCAUCGUGCUGUUUCAAAUACUGCAUUCAUGUUUGCCCUUUGAAGACAAACAAUCGAUAAAGAGUGGAUACCUUUACACAAGCCCCACUUUAUCUUCAGCAUGCCAGGACCUGAUUUUCCAGUGUUUGAACCGCAGUCCAGUAAAUCGACUACAGUUACAUCAGGUAGAAGAGCACCGGUGGUUCAAUCCAACGAGCCCAAAUCCUGUGCAGCGGAGACAAGAGAUUCACUCUCCUAGGGAAGGUCAGUCUGCUUCUGGACGUGACCCUCUGUGCGCCUCUGAAGGGGGAACAGUCACACAGGAUGUUGUAGAGCGUCACUCCUACUGA